CCUGGCCAGGCUCAGGGCCCCGGUCGCGGGGAAUGUCCCAGGCGGAGUUCGCUGAGAAGCUCGCUCUCCUCUACCCGGCUCCACUGCUGUCUCCAGGGCUUGAGGCUCGCCGCUUUCCGAAAUGGCCGAGCAGCCGGACAAACCCGUGAAGUACUAUACCCUGGAAGAGAUCCAGAAGCACAACGACAGCAAGAGCAUCUGGCUGAUCCUGCACCACAAGGUGUAUGAUUUGACUAAAUUUUUGGAGGAGCAUCCUGGUGGGGAAGAAGUCUUAAGGGAACAAGCUGGAGGUGAUGCUACUGAAAACUUUGAGGAUGUCGGGCACUCUACAGAUGCUAGAGAAUUGUCCAAAACAUUUAUCAUUGGGGAGCUGCACCCGGAUGACAGAUCAAAGAUAACCAAGCCUCCGGAGACUCUUAUUACUACUGUUGAUUCUAAUUCCAGCUGGUGGACCAAUUGGGUGAUCCCAGCCGCCUCGGCACUGGUCGUAGCCCUGAUGUAUCACCUCUACACAUCGGAAGACUAAACACAUUCUCAGAAGCCGACGAAAGCAAAGAUUGCUUUGGCCCCAGGAGAAAGAAGCCACCGUUAACUGCUUUGACUGACAGAACCCUUCACCUGAAAAUAAUCUGAAUACACCUGUUCUGCUUUUCGCCUACAUUAGACAAAAAACAAACCAAAAGGAACUGUUCUCCUAUUUCUACUUUCGAAGUUUCAGAGUGUGCCUUUUUAUUCUGAUGUUCACAUCACUAUGUCAUUUGCUUAUUGUGGGCACGAUCACUUAAACCAUGCCAUCGCCUUUGCCUGCCUGUUUGGUAUAAAAGUGUCUCUAACGUGUAGAAUCGGCUUGUUGGGCAGUCAUUGAAUGUGCUCAUCAUUCAGGCCCAAGUUGUCUGUGUGAUGCGGGGAGGGGCACCCUUGAUCUCUCCUUUUGUUGCUUCAUCUAAUUGAAUAAUCAGGUAUUGGAUGUUUCCAACGUAGUUCCCCCCCCCCCACGGAAAUUAAGAAAGGCCCAGAAAUAAUAGCUUAAAGAUUUCUAAUAAUUGUUCUACCUGAGCAAUUGGAUAGAUGAUAAAAAGAGAAAGUGUCCGGUAGGACCUACAAAAGAGACUCCAUCUCUUCUUUGAUUAAAAAACACUAACAACAUAAAGAAAAGCCUGUGAACUAUGAGGGAAAAUUACCACUGUCCCUUCUCUCAGCUUAAAAAUGUCAUUCCAAAGAGCCUCUCACUUACACAGGUUCUACGGUUUUGCAGAGUCCUCCUUCAGAGGUGAAGAUGCUCUAUGUGCUCGCUCCUGUAAGGACAUGCUGAUUCCCUGAUUUGUAAAAACACUUUUGAAAGGGAUCGCGGGACAUUUGGAAUCUGAUUGUUGGAGAAAUUGGGGAACUCUGGUGUGGCUCCUGUGGGCCGAUUCAGUCAUCCCACCUCGGUUUGUUAUUCUUUGCCCCAUGCCUUCUUUAAAGGUGGAAACUUGGGAGGUGAUUUUAUAGACUCGACGUAUUUUGUAGUUAGCGAUGAUUCUGCAAGUUUCUAUCGGCGUGCUAGCCAACUGACGACCAUGGAGUUCUUCAGAAAUAACUAAAACACAUCGGAAAGGAAUUUUUUUAAAGCCUAGAUUUUUAUAAUCAAUAGCAUGUAUCAGCCUCUGCCUUUUUUGUCACUGAACUAACGUUAGAGUGGAUGUAGGAGGGUGGUGGGGCAGGGUGGCCGUAUCACGUGGGAAAAUGCCUUGCAGAGGAAUCCUUUGUUCAGAUUUUAAUAAACGUGUGCCUGAAACAGAA